AUGGACGAAGAUCACGAGCGUGUGGUUGAUUGCACAACUCCUAACUUUACUGGGAUAAUUUCUGUCAUGGAUCCGAGUAGAAGCUGGGCGGCUCGCUGGUUGAGAAUUGGAAGAUUUGUACCUGGUUGUUACACACUUGCUGUUUCAGAGGCACUUCCAGAGGACUUACAGAGAGAAAGGGUGAAAGAGACAGGAGAAAGACCGGAGAGGCGUGGAGCAGCUACCCACUUCGCACGAGCACUUGGUUUGGGUAAACUUACCACCUAA